AUGAUCUCUCAACCCUCGUCCUCGCGGAAUAAACUCACAUCGCACGAGGAUUAUCAUAUCGUUCCGCACUCCAUCAGCCUUCGCCGCUUGCUUUCUCGGCUGGACAAAACAGAGCUUAUCUCACUGGUUACAAGAUGGCUCGACAACCCUGGUCCAUCUUACAUCUCGCCCAUGCUCUCGCGCCGACAGCCUAGACCGGGAGAGGACGAUCCUGCGUCCAACCUGGUACUCUACCAUGCCAUCUUGGACCUAAACGAAGAGCGCCGCUGUCGAUCGAUGGACGAGCUCCGGUUGCUCUGGACAGGACCUAUGGCCGACCCGAAAGUGCCGAAAGCUCGUGCAGUGGAUCGAAUCACGGAUGUUGACUGGCCAGAAGGUCUGAGCUACGCAAUGGUUGCUCAGCUCGAUCUGACUUACAUGCACGCCAGGCAGCUCAGUAAGACUUGGACGACAGUGAAGCUGGAGUACGAUGACGAGGUGGAUGCGGCUGGGAAGGGUUGGGAGAGGUUGAGUGAGGUCCAGAUUCGGUCGCGGCUGGGCAGCGAGCUGGCGCACUAUUUCGAGCAUCAUAUCUACCUUCAUCCACGAUCGCGCGAUAACAAGGAAGCCAAGAAAGAUGUCUCGACUACUCUUGAAUGGACCGACGACUUCUCUUACUUCCGUAUCGUCCUUGCGCCGUUACCUAGCGAUAUCUGCAGCACAGGCUUGCACAUCUUGCACAUACCGCGGACUCCUUUCCUCCUGGUGUCGGGCAGUCUUGGUCGUGGAACGGAAAACAAAGAGAUGGCACUGUCCGCGUUCGCGUCCGCUGCAGGCGCUGCUACAGUCAACUAUGCCAAACCAACCGCAGGCUCAGCUGCGGCAAGAAAGCUACUUAACGAACUCAACGAAGUAGGCGAAGAUUCUGCUGGCAACAGGCGAACGCUAGGCGAAUUGCGAGGUAAGGAUCCACUCGCACUCAGGGAGAUUCUCUUGCACGAGUCAGGGCGCCUCUCGUCAACAUCGGACAUCAGUGCUGCACCGGCAGGCGUAGCAGGAGGUGGGAAAGUAAGGCAAAUGCGAAAGGCAAACGGUGGCAGCGGACCAGGCGCUGAAGAUGGACCUCUCAUUGCACCACUUAAAAGACGUCGAGAGGAAGACUCGAACACCUUCGGUAUCCGACCACCUACACCGCCAGCGUCUGGCUCAGAAUGGGAGACUCUCUCACUGUCUUCAGCAUCCACUUCAGUUCGCCCCACACAACGCCGCCAGUCCUUCACACUAGGCUCCUCCGAAACACCGCAAGAAAUACACUCUCAUACCCGCGAAGCGCUCACAGUACAGAUGGAGUCUCAACGAGAAGCAAACGAGCUAUUUGGUCCCGCACCUUCUUCUGCCUCUGAUGAAAGUCUGCCAAGGGUAGAGCGCAUCGAGUACGAGCUUCAGCUGCCGUUCCCAGACAUGCAGAAGUACAACACACGCAGCUUGGUCGAUAUGGAAGCAUAUAACGCUGAUCCGGAUAAGCCGAGAGUCAAGCUGAGGCUGGAGGGUACGCAUGUGUUGGCCGGAUUGAGAAAGCUGGUCGCUGCGGGAAUGGAUAGGAGGACGCAGAGAUUGGAUGCGGGUGAAGUGGACGAAGAGAAGGAUGACAAGGCAGGAGUCAAGCUAGACGGCCUGCCGGGAUGGUUGACCGAGGUCAGAGGGACCAAGGUCGUUGUGAAGCAGCCGCCGGCAGGAGAUGAUAGCAGUCGAGACAUGUAA